GUAGGAAUGAAAUGAUCCAAAAGUGAUAUCCGGUAACAAACUUCGCGCUUUGAGUUUGAGUUCGAGGGGGGAUUUGAAGAUGGAAAACUUCAUCCUGUAUGAGGAAAUUGGAACAGGACGCAAGUCAGUGGUUUAUAAGGGGAGGAGGAAAGGAAGCAUCAAUUUUGUUGCAAUUAUUUGCAGUGACAAGUCAAAAAGACAUGAAAUUACAAACCACGUACGGCUAACUCAUGACAUAAAACAUGAGAAUGUGGUAACCUUCUAUGAGUGGUAUGAAACCAGCAACCAUCUUUGGCUUGUAGUGGAACUGUGCACAGGGGGUUCACUGGAGUCAGUCAUCACCCAGGAUGAGUGCCUGUCAGAAGAUGUAGUGAGGGAAUUUGCCAUCGAUCUGGUCAAAGGCUUGAGAUACAUCCAUGAUGCUGGUAUCGUGUUCUCUGACCUCACUCCCUCCAAGAUCUUGUUGGAUGGCCCUGGCACAUUGAAGUACUCUAACUUCUGCCUGUCUAAAGCUGAGGGGGAGAAUCUGGAGGAGUUUUUUGCUUUAGUCACAGCAGAGGAAACAGGUGGAGGGGAUGGCAAAGAAAACACAUCAAGAAGAAAUAUCAAGAACAGAAUCCAAGGGUCUCCAAUAUACUGUGCACCAGAGGUGGUCAAAGGGGGGGACCACAGUAUCAGUAGUGAUCUGUGGGCCCUGGGCUGUAUAUUCUAUGAGAUGUUUUCAGGAAAACCACCAUUCUUCUCUGAGACGUUUUCUGAGUUGAUUGAGCUGAUAUUACUUCAGGAUCCUCAAUCUCCAAGGCAAACGGGGGCUUCUUCCUGCAAGCCUACACAAGAGUUCCAAAGCCUGCUUAAAGGUUUGCUUCAGAAAGACCCUCAGAAGAGGAUAAGCUGGACUCAGUUACUGGUCCACCCAUUCUGGAGAGGAGUGUUCUCUGAGGUCCACACCAGCGAGGAGGAAGAAGAAGAUGUCUCAUUCAGCUCCAGUGUGGGGAGGAGUGGUGUCUGUGCCUCUAGCCAGUCAUCAGCAGAGACACCUGUCUCAGUGACCUCCCAGGGACCAGGAGGGGGAUACAGAGGGGUACAGGGAGGGGCCGCAGGGGCAGAGGAGCCCGUCUGCAUGCACCCCAACAAAUCAUUCCGAUUAGACAACAUGACAGAGCUUAGACCAAAGAGUGCACUGGACAAAGAUACCAGAGAGUCCAUAUUCCUCCUCAGAAACAUGGACAGUGUGGUGGUCAGUGGUCUGAAUGACAUCAGUUACUGUAUAAAGGACCUGGUGUACACUGACUCUGACCUGGCAGUCACACCUAUUAUGGACAACCCAAAGAUUCUGAAGACCGCUCCAGUGCGAUAUGACCUGAAGACUUUGUGUGUCCGAGCAUACUCAGUGGAGAAGCUGUCCUGUCUGAGCUCUGAGGACUGGAGGGUGUUUCUGCAGCAGCUGUGCUCUUCUCUGGAGGCCCAGGCUGAUAAGACCACGGCGGCGGUCCGCUCCAAACUCAACCUCCUCUGCUAUCUGUGUACCAUAGCUGCCCACAAGGACACAGCUACCAGGCUCAUCAACUCCGAGCUGUUCCCUGUGUUGACCCAGCAGCUGCGUCUAGCACCUAACUGGGACGUGAAGUUUAAGGUGAUGCGGGUGCUGGGGCUGCUGGCAUCCCACUGCACUGAGCUCAGAGAGGAGACCCCCGUCACUGAGGCUGUUGUCAUGUUCACGGAGCUGAUCAGGGAGAACUUCAGGAACAGCAAACUGAAGCAGUGCCUGCUGCCGCCACUGGGGGAGCUGCUCUACCUCAUCGCCACACAGGAGGAGAAGAAAGAGCACCCAGGAGAGCUGUGGGUUGUUCCUGCUGCCGCCUACACGGUGUUAAUGAGGUGCCUUCGGGAAGGGGAGGAGGUGGUUGUGAACCACAUGGUGUGUAAGAUGGUGGAGAACGUGUGUACCCCGGCGUCUCACUACGCCCAGGGCUUCAUCACCGGGGAGAUAGGCCCCAUGCUCUGGUACCUGUUCACACACUCCAGCGUCGACUCACUACGCGUCAGCGCCAUCUCAGCCCUGUGCAGAAUCACCCGCCUCUCAGCCAGUGCCUUCCAGAGUGUGAUUGACAAGGUGGGGCUACCAGCCAUCUUAGCCAGCCUGGUGUCGGGGAUCAGCCGUGUCCAGCAGCACAUACUCACCAUGUUCUCUGCCAUGCUGGCGUCAGGGGCCCACGCCCAGCUACACAGACUAGUCCAGGAGCGGGACUUUGUGGUGAAGAUAAUGCGUUCCCUGGAGAGCCCGUCCUCUGUCAUCAGAGCCAAGGCCUUCCUGGUUCUCCUUCAGGUCCUCUGCAGCAACAGGGACAUGCUGCUACUCUGCUGCAACUCUAGGCUGGUGAUGUACAUUGAAAGAGACAUCAGGCAGGCCACGCCAGGGAAGGAGCUACAAAGCAGCAAUGAAUACCUGUCAAAAUGCCUCGAUCUGCUCAUCCGUCACGUCGUGCUGCAGCUGCCAGCCAUUCUGGAUGACAUGCUGUCCGCGCUGGGCAGUAUAGUGGGCAGGAAGCAUCCCUCCACUGUUCAGGCCAAGCAGCUGAAACAGAGUGUACCCAUGAUGACUGUGAUGCUCCACCUCCUCACCUCUCAGAUAUUCAGGCCACAGGUUGUGACUGAGGAGUUUCUCUUCAAAUUUGGAGCACUGCUGAAUCACAUAACAUCUAUUGAUGCCAGUGAGACCAGUUUGGGCAGUGCAAUAGGACAAGCAGGUUCAGAGGAGCUGAUCAGGAACACUCUGUCAGCUGUGGAGGCCAUCACCCAGCACCCAGCCCUGCUGAUGCCCCAUCACUGUACUGUUGUUGAUUGCAUUCUUCCUCCACUGACUUCUCUUGCCUUCAGUAAAAACGUGGAGUGGCGUAUCGUCAGCUUGCGGGUUCUGUCAGAGAUCACACUGCUGCUGCUGAGCCAAGAGGCCGUGGAGGAGGGAGAGAGGAAGGAGGAGAGGAGAGAGAGAGAGUGCAACUCUUCAACUGGUAGACUACUGACUCUCAUUACAGAAGCCCUUCUUCCACAGUAUGAAUCUCUCCUGUUGGAGCCAGACCCAAUCCCAGUCUACGCUCUCAAGUUGCUGGUGGCCCUCACAGAACACAGCAGCCCCGUCAACAGCCUGGUCAGAGACAGCAGGAUCCUACCUGUUGUCUUUCAAGUCAUGGCGGAGCACCAGGACAAUAUCCUGGGUGGAACCAUGCAGAAGGCCAUGGCUCUCCUCAGCAACCUGACUGGACAGAAAGACGUGGACCUACAACCCUUCUACCAACAAGAUCUGGUGGAGGUGGUCUGCAGGGUCUUCAGCAAGGCAGCCAUCCUGUACGUGGAGAGAGAGGAGAGGCCUGGGAGGAAGAGUAGCCAUGAUCUCCUGUUGUCUCUACUGGACACUCUGCACAAUGUACUGACCAGCACAUCCAGAGUGGUGCGCAUUGCACUCCAGGGAGCUGAGUCCCAGGGAGAGACCCAGGCUGCAGAGGAACUCCUGCUCAUCAACAAACCUCUGACACAACUCACAUCCCUGCUCAUUCAGAUGCUGCCAUGUGAGGAUGUGGAGGUGUAUGAGGAGACCAGUCAGUGCCUGUCCCUGCUGAUGCAGCUGUAUGGAGGGGACAGCCCUGACUCCCUCAGCCCCUUGAACCUCCAGAGCCUCAGCCACACGCUGCUGCUCCAGAACCAGCCCAAACAACACAGACUACUGCUCCGCAUCAUCAAACGCCUGGUUUGGACCAACACCACCCUAUCUGCAACAGUCUUGGUGUUCAUCAAGGUUUGGACCAACACCACCCUAUCUGCAACAGUCGUGGUGUUCAUCAAGGUUUGGACCAACACCACUGUAUCUGCACCAGUCUUGGUGUUCAUCAAGGUUUGGACCAACACCACCCUAUCUGCACCAGUCUUGGUGUUCAUCAAGGUUUGGACCAACACCACCCUAUCUGCACCAGUCUUGGUGUUCAUCAAGGUUUGGACCAACACCACCCUAUCUGCACCAGUCUUGGUGUUCAUCAAGGUGUGGACCAACACCACUGUAUCUGCACCAGUCUUGGUGUUCAUCAAGGUUUGGACCAACACCACUGUAUCUGCACCAGUCUUGGUGUUCAUCAAGGUUUGGACCAACACCACCCUAUCUGCAACAGUCGUGGUGUUCAUCAAGGUUUGGACCAACACCACUGUAUCUGCACCAGUCUUGGUGUUCAUCAAGGUUUGGACCAACACCACCCUAUCUGCACCAGUCUUGGUGUUCAUCAAGGUUUGGACCAACACCACCCUAUCUGCACCAGUCUUGGUGUUCAUCAAGGUUUGGACCAACACCACCCUAUCUGCACCAGUCUUGGUGUUCAUCAAGGUGUGGACCAACACCACUGUAUCUGCACCAGUCUUGGUGUUCAUCAAGGUUUGGACCAACACCACUGUAUCUGCACCAGUCUUGGUGUUCAUCAAGGUGUGGACCAACACCACUGUAUCUGCACCAGUCUUGGUGUUCAUCAAG